ACUAUCCACACGUCACUCACUCGCAGCGACAGUGAGAAAGACAGUGUAGUGAAUUUUCUUUUCAGUGAAUGUGGUCUUGUGGUUGUGAAUACGCCGAGGAAAAUGCAAAUUCCAAAUGAAUACGUCUCUACUGCGGAAGAUGUGGCAGAUCAGGUGAUACGCAAAGGCAAAAAUAUCCUGCCCACAGUGGCACGGCUGUGCCUCAUCAGCACGUUCCUGGAGGACGGGCUCCGCAUGUGGUUCCAGUGGUCGGAGCAGCGAGACUACAUGGACAUGUCGUGGGGCUGCGGCAAGUUCCUCGCCACCAUGUUUGUGAUUGUAAAUCUGCUCGGUCAGAUCGGUGGCUGCGUGAUGGUUCUCGGGAGGCUGAAGGUGGACAUCGCUUGCGGUGUGCUCUUCUUCAUUGUAGUACUUCAGACUUUAGCGUACAGCAUACUAUGGGACAUGCAAUUCCUGCUCCGCAACCUCGCGCUCAUCGGAGCCCUGUUGCUAGUGGUCGCGGAGGCCCGAGCGGAAGGCCGGAGCCUGUUCGCCGGCGUGCCAUCCCUGGGCGAGAACAAGCCCAAGACGUACCUCCAGCUCGCUGGCAGGGUCCUGUUGGCUUUCAUGUUCAUCACGCUGCUGCGAUUCGAAGUGUCAUUCCUUCAGAUCGUGCAAGACCUCCUAGGCAGCAUCCUCAUGGUGCUCGUGACGAUCGGGUACCGCACCAAGCUCUCCGCGCUGAUGCUGGUGCUCGUGCUGAGCGUGCUCAACCUGUACCACAACGCGUGGUGGGCCGUGCCCAACUUCAAGCCGCUUAGGGACUUCCUCAAAUACGACUUCUUCCAGACACUAUCCGUGAUCGGCGGUCUGCUCAUGAUUGUGUACCUGGGCCCGGGCGGCGUCAGCAUGGACGAGCACAAGAAGAAGUGGUAGGCACUGUGACGGACGAUACGGUGCGAUAUGUUGACAGAGGAGCGUCGCGGCCGCCUGCAUGUGUACAUACAAGUUUAUAAAAUAGGAGCGACUCUACAACUCUAGUGUGUUUGUGUACAGGGACCGGUAUUUAACCUGUAUCCUAAAUGGUAUGUCUGUGUUAGUAAUUUUUAAACCCUUUUGAAAAACCUUUUUGGGUUACCCUUUUCUUUUUACCAAGGGAUAUCGGUAUAUUUACCGGCUAUCGUAAUGUUUAUUUAUAGGUCCCUUUUGAAAUGUUUUAUGUGUGAACGCCGACGCCGUCUAAAAGAUGGCUACGGCGCCCAAGUCAGUUCAAGCAUCACCUUGUUCAGAACUGUUUCAAGUAACAGAAUAGCUAGUAUAACGCAAGACUGCAUCGUAAAGGAAUUGUUGGGAAUAAUAUAAGCUGUAAUAUUAUACGAGUUUUAAUCUUAGACAUAUUCAAUUGUACUGGCCAUCAUGCGGCCGCGGCCGCUCCCUAAGUUUUGUGACUAGCCCGCGCAUGCGGGGCUCCAUAAUCGACUGUAAUAUUAAGAAUAAGAUUCUAUUUUCAAUUGCCGACGCGCGGGUAAUUAUUAUUAGUUGAUGAGGCGACAAUAAUAAUGUGGGCACAGUUUAGUUGACGAUGACCACAGUUUCCAAGCACUCCCCAUUAUUACUGGGUCUCAACUUUAUUGUUAAACAGCCAUGUCAUUUUGUCUUCUUACGUAGAGGCGAAGCCUUCUUAUUUUUUGUUUUGAUCAGUAUUUCAUAGUUUCGUGGUGGUGUGUGCGAAUGUCUCAUUUUUUGCGAAUAAUAUCUUACACAUAAACAGCUAAGCGAAUUGCCGGUUACUGUCUUGGUCGGUCAAUAUUGAUAUAGCUUUUACCAGCAAUAGAUAUUUCUCUUUGUCGCUCAAAUUGAAUCUUACGCUUUGCUCAUUCCAAAUUAUUUUAGUUUUAUGUUAAUGUAACUCAAGUCUGUUUUGAAAAGAUAUUCCCGAGAAAUUUCAAAUUAUAUAAUACUGUAAGUGUGUUGUCGUACUCUACGAGAGUGAUAUCCCAGAAUAUCAUUAGACUACUUCUCGAGGUUCUUUGAAACAGACACAAUAAGCGCGUUUAACUUUGUGCUUAAUAGCUGCAUACAAUCUAAUAGGUAGGUGAUAAAGUAGUAUAACCUUAAAUGUGAUUCGCACAUAUAACCACGCUCCAUAUACUUUGAUUUUUAACUGAUUUUUUUCCAUAAACGAGUGAUAUUUUGAAAUCGGAUUGUUUAUAUAUAAGCGUAAUGACUGAGGGAUCCCUUUACGUAGGUAACGAUAAGACUCGCCAUUUUUGAAUAUUUGUAUUUGACGCGCCGCAGUAGCGUGCUAUUUUGAAUACUUACUGUAGUGAACACGAAUUUCCAAAUGGCGCCGUCGGCGUGAGUCGGCGUGCACGUGUAAAAGUCGGCGCGCCCGUCUGAGAGUCGGCGCGUCGGCGUGUAUAAACUGUCGAGCCUUAUCUAGCAAUAUGUUUCAUUCCGUGUACCCUGUUGUGAUGUCGUUGUAAAUAUAUAUUUUGUACUUAUCGUGUGGACCCUUAACAAUUGUUUAAAUUUAAGGUUGUAAGAGCUAGAUAGUCUGCUUAUUUUGUAAAGAUUGUAUUUGAAACGUUACAAUUACUCGUAUUGUUUAGUAACCUUCCUUGGCGUUCAAAAUAAGCAAAAUUGAUAGAUGUAAUCUUUAUGAAAUAAGCAGUUUUAAUGUAAAUGGGUAUAAUUCCAUUAGCCAUAAGUUAACCGGGCUGGCAUCACACGACGUUACAUUUUAAAUGCAAGAUAUAUGAUUUAAAACAAAAAAUAUAUUUUCAAUUUAAAAACUAUAAUUAUUAUAUUUAUUUUUAUAUUUUUUUUAUUAUUUUGAUUUAAUCUUCAAGAUCCAUUUGGAAUCCUCGACUUGUUCUGAAUAAAAAUUACAUUAAU